GUAAUAUCUUUUUGGUGUAGCAGUUAGUUGCCGGUAUUAAAUAUGCAUCAGACUCCGACUUCCCCCUCCAAUAUAAACCUGCCUGUAAUCCCAAAUUAAUUAAGGGACUAAUUACGUUUGUGCAUGUAGCCGGAAAUGAAGCAAAAGAUAGUGAUAAAGGUGGCGAUGGGGAGCGACAAGGCCAAGUCUAAGGCCAUGAAGAUUGCUGUUGCCAUGGAAGGAGUGAGCUCUGUGAGUGUGGGGAAAGAUAAUGAUCAGCUUCAGGUGGUCGGCGAAGGGGUUGAUUCUGUGUGUUUGGCCAAAUCUCUCCGGAAGAAAUUCUGUUUUGCUGACAUUGUAAGCGUCCAAGAAGUGAAGCCACCCAAACCGGAACCGACGCCAUGCCCCCAGCUGCCGUGCCUGCCACCCUGCGACUACCAGCCACCGUGGUUGGCGAUUCGGCACGAGUUCCCGGCUUGUGAGACGGGUCCUCCUGGCGGUUGCCCACUCAUGUGAUUUUUUACUUAAUGUUGAUGUGUGUAAUUAAUGAACCGUCAAAAUUUAAUUUAAUAAAUGAGUUUUUUAAGUUUAAAA